AAGUAGGACAUCCUUCUUUCCAGUGCUUCUGCAAGACUGAGAUGGAAAGAAAGUCAGAGCAGGGCACGGUGUCUUUCUCUCCACGAGGACACUAAAGACAACCAUCGGGUAGAUUUUUACGGGGUGUCAGAAUCGUCCUUUCAACCUUUCUGUAGGUUUGAAAGUUUCUGUAAGAGAAUGUGGAUGGGGAGAAAGGAGAGAAAAGAAAAACCAAGACUGCUGACCCUGCUGCUGUUGAAGGGCCAGCACUCUGGUAAUUCUUAGCUCGUGUGGAAAUACAGGCACCAACAACAAGUGCUGGUCUCGUCUGCCCAGGGUGAUCUUAGGAGUGGGAUGUCUGUGUGACACGUGGCUGCUCCAUGGCCACUGUCUCCCUGGGGUGCCUCACUGUCGUGCAGUGGGGAGCAGUAGGUUAGGGGUGUGCUGCUGCCCUUGGAGUUUAGACCUCUCUGUGGGUGGGGACUUUGCCCUGUGUCUGGGGUUGGCCUUUUAUUUGUGUAGUGGUGUUUAGAGAAGGAAUCAGUAUCCAAACACUAGGUAACUAGAUAUGAAUAGUUAGAUGACUCGUUCCCCCUUUUAAAAAUUGAGGUGAAACGUACAUACUAUUUUAACCAUUCAUAAAUGUAUGGUCCAGUUACGUUAAAUGCAUUCAUGUCAUCACCGCAGACUGUUUCCUCCUAAAACUUUUUCAUCAACCUCUUAAGCAGUAACUGUGUUCUUUGUGCUCCUGGUAACUUCUAUUGUCCUUUCUGUCUCUUGGUGUUUGCUUAAUCCCAAUAACUCACAGUAAGUAGAAUCAUACAGUUUUUGGCAUUUUGUGAUUGGCUUCACUUAGCAUUGGUCCUCAGUCUCUGUGGCCGGUGACAGACAGGAUGUCCUUUUUAUGGCUGAGUACUUGCUUUAGAGUCACCUGCCCUGAUAAGGGCACACAUACGUGUGUCAAGCACGUACUAUUCUGCAGGGUCCACCUGGUCUCCCUGCUACUGUUCCUCAGAGGCCUGCCCAGCUCCCACCAGCCGGUGGGCUCCCUUUCCAGGUCCCUUAGCCGGAUGUGUGUGCUGGUUGUGACGUGGGGUAUCCGGACAGGUCUGUGCUGUGAGUGGCCAGCUCUGCUGUGCACGGCCCUCUAGAAAGCUUCCUGGGACAGCUGUGGGUGUUGCCCAGUAACAGGGUAGCACAGGUACAUGAGGGAGAGCACCUUGACGCAUCCUGCCAGACACUGCACCAGCCGCCAUGGGCUCUGCCUGUAGCUAAACAGGAUGUGUUUGACAUGGGGAAGCAGCCCGUGAGGCGUCGCCCCGUGACAGCCUUAGAGGCAGUGGCACCACGUGGCGCAGCAGGGUGGGCACAGGCUAAUGUCCACCGGGCAGGAAGGGUGCGUCCAUUAUGGGAGAUGCGGGCAGUGGGUGGCGGUCGUCACUGGGCAUCGCCGGCUCGCAUAAGCAAAUGCGGUGUGUGCAGUAGGGGACAGAAGGCACUGCCCGCAUCGUUCCAUGGGUAGGAGGUGCGCGAGCUGGUCGGCCUAGCUCGGCACUGCAAGUCGGGAGCCUGGUCCCUGUUGGGUGGCCGCCCGUGGGAGCAGGGCGCCUGGGCCGCGGGGAUGGUGUUUGCAAGAGUGCUGCUCUCAGUGAGCACAUGCCGGCCUUACGAUUGUGGGCUCUCAGUGUGUGUAUUAGGUAAAAGGGUCACCCCAGUGCCUUAUGGCCCCCAGUGCCUCCCCUUCUUAGGGCAAAUUCAAGGGAGAGCUUUGAAGCCUGAGAACUCACCAGGGUGCCCUCAAGCUCCUGCCCAGUCUCCUCCGUCUGCUGAUGGGACUGGGCAGAGGCGCUCCAGUCCUCUCUUUCUUUUUAGGUACUGGGAAUCGAACUCAGGACCUCAUGCUUGCCAGGCAGGCACUGUGCCGCCGAGCUGCAUCCCCAGCCGAGUCCUCCUGUCCUAGCUUUAACAUGAGCUUUAUCGUGGCUCUUCUUCUUCACCCUGGACUGUCGCGCCUACAGCCCUUGCCCUUUCGGAGUCAGCGGCUGGCCCUUCCUUGCAGUCUGCCAGUGUCACUUGAUGGAGAUGAAGCAGCUCCCCUAGAAGUGCCCUGGGGGGAUGUGAGCCUCUGGCUCACCUGGUGGCUCCCCAUCUCCGCCUGUGCCUGUAACCCUAGCCCUCUGGCCACGGUGAUGGAGGACCAGGAGCCCCGCGCCUUCCUGAGGCUGCUGCUCCCCAGCCUAGCACCGCUUGUCUGCUUGGAGUGGUGACUCAUCCCGGCCCUCUCACCCUCCCUCAGCUUCCAGACUCCACUCCACAGGGCAGUUCCGCAUGGGGCCGCUGCACCCCAGGCCCCGGUGGCCCCACAAGAGCCCCCUGGCAGAUCCUGAGUGUGUGUUCUUUGCCUCUGCUUCCCUCCAGCUGGGAUUCACUUCUUCCCAGUGCUCAGACUGGUUGUCUCUACUGCAAGGCCAUUAAUGACUUUCCUGGAUUCCGCCCUCGCUGGUUUCAAAGAAAGGGAAGAAGGAAGUAUCGCACACCAGGUGCUCUGCGCACAUUCCUACCAGGAAAGAAAUAGCUCUCGUGCUUUUCCCCAGACAUCCUCCAUACGUGCUUAGCAGGCCCUGAAGAUCCCUCCACUUUUGCUGGAAUAGCGAUGGUAUUCAAAAUGAAGAUGCCGGAAAUUUUUAGUUCUUCAUAGGAACUACAAAAAUUGAAGGAAAGAACCUUUUCAAAAGGAGAUUGUUUUGAAAAUAUGUUUACAACUAACUGAUACUGUACAGCUUUUAAAAAAAAUAAUAAAACACUCUGAGAAGAUUAUAUUUAUGGUAAAAGGAAACUGGACUAACAAUGAGGCCAAAGACUUUUCCUGCCACAGCUUACUCUGGAAAUAGCCGGCAGCGACUGCAGGAGAUCCGCGAAGGGCUGAAGCAGCCCUCCAAGCCUUCCUCUCAGGGGCUGCCCAUGGGACCAAACAGUGAGGCUGCUCUGGAUGCCAAAGUGCUGGGGAGCAAGGACGCCGCCAGGCAGCAGCAGAUGAGAGCCACCCCAAAAUUUGGACCUUAUCAGAAAGCACUCAGGGAAAUCAGAUAUUCCCUGUUGCCGUUUGCCAAUGAAUCAGGCACUUCUGCUGUUACUGAGGUCAACCGGCAAAUGCUGCAGGAGUUGGUGAACGCAGGGUGUGACCAGGAGAUGGCGGGCAGAGCGCUCAAGCAGACUGGCAGCAGGAGCAUCGAGGCCGCGCUGGAGUUUAUCAGCAAGAUGGGCUACCUGGACCCGAGGAACGAGCAGAUCGUGCGCGUCAUCAAGCAGACCUCCCCAGCGAGCCCGCCGCCGAGCCCGCCGCCCAGCGGGGCGCCCGCGGCCGCAAGGCCGACAAGGCCGACAGGGCGGGCAGGGACAGGAAGCAGAUCCAGACCUCGCCGGUGCCCGAGCGCAGGAGCAGCAGGGACGAGGAGAAGAGGGAGUCCCGCAUCAAGAGCUACUCCCCGUUCGCCUUCAAGUUCUUCAUGGAGCAGCACGUGGAGAACGUCCUCAAGACCUACCAGCAGAAGGUGCACCGCAGGCUGCAGCUGGAGCAGGAAAUGGCCAAGGCGGGACUCUGUGAGGCGGAGCAGGAGCAGAUGAGGAAGAUCCUCUACCAGAAGGAGUCUAACUAUAACAGGCUCAAGAGGGCCAAGAUGGACAAGUCCAUGUUCGUGAAGAUCAAAACGCUGGGGAUCGGUGCCUUUGGAGAAGUCUGCUUGGCCUGUAAGGUAGACACGCAUGCCCUGUAUGCCAUGAAGACCCUGAGGAAGAAAGAUGUACUCAACCGGAACCAGGUGGCCCAUGUCAAAGCCGAGAGGGACAUCCUGGCCGAGGCGGACAACGAGUGGGUGGUCAAACUGUACUACUCAUUCCAAGACAAAGACAGCCUGUACUUCGUGAUGGACUACAUCCCCGGGGGAGACAUGAUGAGCCUGCUGAUCCGCAUGGAGGUCUUCCCGGAGCACUUGGCCCGGUUCUACAUUGCGGAGUUGACUUUGGCCAUCGAGAGUGUCCACAAGAUGGGCUUCAUCCACCGAGACAUCAAGCCGGACAACAUUUUGAUAGAUCUGGAUGGCCACAUCAAACUGACAGAUUUUGGACUCUGCACUGGAUUCAGAUGGACUCAUAAUUCCAAAUACUACCAGAAAGGUGAUGGGAACCACAUGAGGCAGGACAGCAUGGAGCCCAGUGACCUCUGGGACGACGUGUCCAACUGUCGCUGUGGGGACAGGCUAAAGACCCUGGAGCAGAGAGCCCGGAAGCAGCACCAGCGGUGCCUGGCGCACUCCUUGGUCGGGACCCCGAAUUACAUCGCCCCCGAGGUGCUCCUGCGCAAAGGGUACACGCAGCUCUGUGACUGGUGGAGCGUUGGCGUGAUUCUCUUCGAGAUGCUGGUGGGGCAGCCGCCCUUUCUGGCUCCCACCCCGACGGAAACCCAGCUGAAGGUGAUAAACUGGGAGAGCACGCUGCACAUUCCCGCCCAGGUGAAGCUGAGCCCCGAGGCCAGGGACCUCAUCACCAAACUGUGCUGCUCUGCGGACUGCCGCCUGGGGCGGGACGGGGCCGCCGACCUGAAGGCCCACCCGUUCUUCAGCACCGUCGACUUCUCCAGCGACAUCCGCAAGCAGCCGGCCCCCUACGUCCCCACCAUCAGCCACCCCAUGGACACCUCCAACUUUGACCCCGUGGAUGAAGAGAGCCCUUGGAACGAGGCCGGCGAAGGCAGCGCCAAGGCCUGGGACUCGCUUGCCUCCCCCAGUAACAAGCACCCCGAGCACGCGUUCUACGAGUUCACGUUCCGGAGGUUCUUCGAUGACAACGGCUACCCCUUCCGGUGCCCGAAGCCCUCAGGGGCAGAGACUGCGCACUCGGAGAGCUCAGACCUCGAAAGCCCCGAGCUGGCGGAUGAGGCCGAGGGCUGCCAGCCCGUGUACGUGUAGCGGCACCGUGUGCCCGCGGCUGCGUCGGGAGGGCCGCGGCCCGGCUGCUUCCCCGCGGCUGGCGGGAGCCGGGGGUAGCCUUGCCUUCAGCCGGGCUGCUGAGUACCCGCUGAAGUUCUGCCCUUCAGGAAAACCCCAGAGCAACCAGGAACUUUUUUAAAGAAAGGACUGAAGCCUGGCAGACCUUCGUUUCUAGGUUCUGGCCCAUGGGUGGCAGGGAGGGUUCCACGUGGCUUUGAACUGGCGUUGGGGGGCCUUCGCUGCAUUAAAACAAUAUUUUUAAAAAUUUAGUACAGUUUAGAAAGCACUUAUUUUGUUGAUAACCAGUUUUUCUUACUAAAUUAUAGGGAUUAACUUUGACAAAUCAUGCUGCUGUUAUUUUCUACAUUUGUAUCGUAUCCAUAGCACUUACUCACAUUUAGGAGACAGAAGAACUGAAGAACAUGUGAUAAGAAAUCUCUGUGCAAUAAUGUUUGAAAAAGACGAUGCUCUGCUGAGAGCUCACGGAGACCACUGUAUCCACACGGUGAUUUUUGUUUUGUAUUCUUUCCCACAUUUCAGAAUUGUGGCAUAAUGUUAAAGCUGCUUUGCUGUUGUUGUUUUUGCAUGUUACAGUGCUGUAACAAAGCGUGAGCAAAGUGAUGACGUGGGUGUGGUUUCCGAUGUCUGGUGUGUGGGAAGUGCCGUACUGCACGAGCAGGGUUUUUCUAUUGUAAAAUUACCAUAUCUUGCCAUUCACAGCGGGUCCUGUGAAUAUGUUUUUACCGAGUGUUUUUAAAUGAGGUAUUCUAGACAGCGUGCUUACUAUGUACCGUGCGGGUGAUGUCUUUGCUGUGAUUGUAGCCCGUGCUGUUUUGUGAAAGAAACGCAGAUGUGUAAAUGAGAAGUGAUUUGUGCGUGCGUGUGUAUGUCUUGGGUAUGAUUGCAUUCUUUUGGGGAUAAAUGUAAACGUUUUCCGUACAGCAAACUUUAUGCAUUAAAAGGGAUUAAUUCAGCUAUGCCAAAACAUUUAAGUUACCCUAUGUCCUUCCAUGUCGUCAGUCUGUGCUGUCCUUCUUGAUGUAGCUGGUAUGUGGAAUUCAGUAGCUAGGACCCUACUAUUUAAUUUUUACUGACGCACUGCCCACACCGAGAGGUUACAUGAACGUUACUCCUUCUGUUGUCUCGGGCAGCUGAGAGGUUGCCACACUGAAUUAAAUAAACUUAUCGUCCUUUUGCUUUGUUUUAAAUGUGCUUUGAAGUGUCAGUUUUCACCUUGGUUUAAACAAUACCAAGUUUUUCUAACUUUUGUAAAAAAAAAAAAACUUUUUUUAAAGCAAAGAUUCUUCAAAGUGACAUUGAAAUGAAAACCAUUAAACCAUACAUAUUUUCCUAGACGUAUAGGUGUAUAUAUGACUAUAUAGAUAAACACACAGAAUAUUCCUUACUUCAAAUUAGUAUGAUUUCUAUUUGAAGUGAUUUAUAUUUGAGUAAAAAUUCAAUUCUUUUUUGCUCUUUGAAAGAUCUGAUGCAUCCUAUUUUCAUUAUAUUAGUCCACAUAUUUUCCUUGACAUUCUUAGCGUAAUGUAUCCAUUAUUAUUAUAUAUCUAGGCAACAACACUUAUAAGUUUAUCAGUGUCUAAAGAACAUUCUGUGUACUGGUUUACAUUUGUAUGAAUGGCAUAUCCUGAAGUCUGCUGUGCUCGUAUUGUGACUUACAGUAUUCGCGCUAUUUUGUAGUAAUGCUAUGUUGUUAUUUACAGCGCUCUGACAUACUUUCAUGUGGUAGGUUCUUUCUCAGGAACUCAGUUUAACUAUUAUUUAUUGAUAUAUCAUUGCCUUUGAAAAGCUUCUAUUGGCACAAUUUAUUAUUAAAACUUUGAAUCCAAA